GAUCCUAUAACCGAUAACGAUAAAUAACACCGGUUGACCAUAUGGUCAAAAUUGUUUACUUUUUUACUUCAAUUUGCCUGUUAUAAAACUAAAAAUAAGAUGUUUUUAAAUACAUUAUCUAAAUUAAGAUACUCACGUGUGUUAACGUUGAAUCUAAGCAAAUUUUCGACGACCUUACAUACUUCACCCUACCAACGUGGCCAUGCAUUUUCCACCGUUAGUUCGCCCAACUUCUUGGACUUCCAGAAUGAAAAGUUACAACAGCUUCUGGAAUCUUUGCGGAUAGAGUUUUACGACUUGCGAGUUAACUCGUCCGGCAGUCAAAAGGAAUACCAGCGAAUGAGCCAAUUGUCAGAUAUUGUUAAAAUGCUGGAACAGCAUAGAGCUCUGCAGGGUAAUAUGACUUCGAAGGAGGAAAUUGAAGCAGAAAAGGACAGUGAUAUGCGACAGUUAAUCGAAGAAGAAAAUCAAGUGUACGCUGACUUGAUGAAAAAGACGGAAGCUGAUCUCCUUACUAAAAUGUUGCUUCUGGCUGACAGCGAAUACUAUCCAUCGUUGAUUUUCGAAGUAAAUGCUGGAGCAGGGGGUCAGGAAGCAAUGCUUUUUGCCAGAGAAUUAUACGACAUGUACAUCAAUUUCUUUGAUAACAAUGGCUGGGACUAUGAUGUUCUAGCUGAAGAUAUUACAGAUAUUGGAGGUCUGCGACAUGCCAAUGUCAUAGUCAACGACGAUCAAGCUUAUCAAACGAUAUGUUACGAAGCUGGAGUACAUCGCGUUCAAAGAGUGCCGGCUACUGAGAAAUCUGGUCGCAUACACACAAGUACGGCCUCAAUAGCCGUUAUUCCAAGGCCAGCCGACAUUAAUGUUGUUAUAGCGGAAAAGGAUUUGAAAAUCGAAACGAAAAGAGCCAGUGGCGCUGGAGGUCAACACGUAAAUACCACUGAUUCCGCAGUGCGGAUUGUGCAUUUGCCAUCAGGAAUUGCCGUUGAAAGCCAAUCGGAACGAUCUCAAAUCAAAAAUAGGGAAAUUGCUCUGAAACGUCUGAAAGCCAAAUUAGAACAAAUACAACUGGAAUCAGCACAAGCCUCCACAAGAGCAACACGAAGAGCCCAGCAAGGCAAUUUAGAUAGAAAUGAAAAAAUUCGCACUUACAACUUUGUACAAGAUCGUAUUACGGAUCAUCGUAUACAGGGCGGUACUGUACACAAUCUUAAAGAGUAUCUUCAAGGCGGCGAGCAUUUAAAUAGUCUGAUGCAAAAAGUGGCCAUUGAAUGUCGGAAAAAGAAAUUGGCAGAUAUUGUUGAAAAUUGGAAAAUGCCGGAUACAAAAUAAUCGAAUUAAAAAAAAAAAAACAAAUAAAUCAAAAGUUGUUAUAAAUGUUAAA